GCCGAGUGGUCUGCGGCCCCGAGUCCGUGACCAAGCCCUCCGAGUGAUCGGCCUGCCCCCGGGUGCACCCGCGGGUCCCAACGUGGGGGACCCCUCCAUCUGCAAAGCCAGAGGUCUCUUUGGUCAUGAUGUAGUUGAGCUCCCUGAGGUCCUGGCUGGCUCUGGAUUGCUCCUGCUGAUCCUGCUCUGACAGCGUUUGGGGGGCUAGAAGUGAUUCAUUGGCAGAGUCUGUUAGAGUCCUCAAAGAACAGCCUUGGAAAGUGCCUGACGAAACGUCUCUAAGUUUCCCUAGAACAGGAAAAGGAUAAUGCCAAGGCCUCACUAUGGGUCGGUGGCAAAUAUGGGCCCCAACCCAGGUCAUCUGGCUUGUCUGUCUCCACCUCAUCCUGCAGCUCAAUGUUUAGUCAACAAAGAACAAGGAGUACUGAGUGCCUGCUGUGGGCUCAGGACACAGAUGGAAGAACUAGAAAGAUGCAGCCCCUGACCUCAUGGAACUCACUAGAAAGAUGUGGCCCCUGACCCCAUGGAACUCACUAGAAAGAUAUGGCCCCUGCCCCCAUGGAACUCCAUGAAACUAGGAAGACGCAGUCCCUGGCUCCAUGGAACUCGCUAGAAAGACACUGACCCUUACCCCAUGGAACUCACUAGAAAGACACAGCCCUUGCCUCCAUGGAACUCAAUAGAAAGACGCAGCCCCUGCCCCCGUGGAACUCACUAGAAAGACGAAGCCCCUGCCCCCGUGGAACUCACUAGAAAGACGCAGCCCCUGCCCCCGUGGAACUCACUAGAAAGACGCAGCCCCGGCCUCCGUGGAACUCACUAGAAAGACGCAGCCCCUGCCUCCGUGAAACUCACUAGAAAGACGCUGUCCCUGACCCCAUGGAACUCACUGGAAAGUCGCAGCCCCUGCCCCCAUGGAACUCACUAAAAAGAUGCAGCCCCUGCCCCCAUGGAACUCACUAGAAAGUUGCUGCCUCCAUGGAACUCUCUAGAAAGACCCAGCCGCUGCCUCCGUGGAACUCACUAGGGAGACACAGCCCCUGCCUCCAUGGAACUCAUGGUCCAGCAGACCAGCUGCAUGCUCUGUGUUACUGCACUACCUGUCCCGGGUGUUGGGGGCUGUGACAAAUUCCCCAGUCCCUAACUUCUCUCCUGUGCCCCAGGGUCCUAAAGAUCGCUCUGGGAAAAGGGAAGGAUGCCGCUCUUCUUCCGGAAGCGGAAACCCAGUGAGGAGGCUCGGAAACGCCUGGAGUACCAGAUGUGUUUGGCAAAAGAAGCUGGGGCAGAUGACAUUCUCGACAUCUCUAAAUGUGAGCUCUCAGAGAUUCCAUUUGGAGCUUUUGCAACAUGCAAAGUUCUGCAGAAGAAGGUGCUGAUCGUCCACACGAAUCACCUCACUUCCCUGCUCCCCAAAUCCUGCAGCCUCCUGAGUCUGGCAACCAUCAAGGUUCUAGAUCUCCACGAUAAUCAGCUGACAGCCCUUCCUGAUGAUCUGGGGCAGCUGACUGCCCUCCAGGUCUUAAACGUGGAAAGGAAUCAACUGAUGCAGCUCCCGCGUUCCAUUGGGAACCUGACCCAGCUCCAGACUCUCAAUGUUAAAGCGACGCAACAAGCCUCCUGAGGAGUCCACUGGGCAGGCUGAGGGCAGUGGUGCCAUCCCCAGUUUACACACGAGGAAAACAAGGCCCGGGAAAUCAAGUGUGACUUGCUCAAGACCACCCCGUGGGAUGGUGACAGAGCCAAGACCACUGCACAGACAACAAGCUGAAGGAGCUUCCAGACACCCUGGGGGAGCUUCGAAGCCUGCGUACCCUCAACAUCAGUGGAAACGAGAUCCAGAGAUUGCCGCAGAUGCUGGCUCACGUUCGAACCCUGGAGAUGCUGAGCCUUGAUGCCUCGGCCAUGGUCUACCCGCCGCGGGAGGUGUGUGGUGCCGGCACCGCGGCCAUCUUGCAGUUCCUCUGCAAAGAGUCAGGGCUGGAAUACUACCCCCCUUCUCAGUACUUGCUGCCAGUUCUGGAGCAAGAUGGAACCGAGAACUCUCGGGACAGCCCUGAUGGGCCCACGGACAGAUUCUCAAGGGAGGAGUUAGAGUGGCAGAACAGGUUCUCAGACUAUGAGAAGAGGAAGGAACAGAAGAUGCUGGAGAAACUCGAGUUUGAACGGCGCCUGGAACUGGGGCAGCGGGAGCACGCCCAGCUCCUUCAGCAGAGCAGCAGCCAGAAGGAUGAGAUCCUUCAGACGGUCAAGGAGGAGCAGUCCCGGCUGGAGCAGGGCCUGAGUGAGCACCAGCGCCACCUCGACGCAGAGCGGCAGCGGCUGCAGGAGCAGCUGAAGCAGACGGAACAGAACAUUUCCAGCCGGAUCCAGAAGCUGCUGCAGGACAAUCAGAGACAAAAGAAAAGCUCCGAGAUUUUGAAAUCGCUGGAAAAUGAAAGAAUAAGAAUGGAACAGUUGAUGUCCAUAACCCAGGAGGAGACUGAGAACCUGCGGCGACGUGACGUUGCCUCUGCCAUGCAGCAGAUGCUGACUGAGAGCUGUAAGAACCGGCUCAUCCAGAUGGCCUACGAAUCUCAGAGGCAGAACUUGGUCCAGCAGGCCUAUUCCAGCAUGGCCGAAAUGGAUGAACGAUUCCAGCAGAUUCUGUCGUGGCAGCAAAUGGAUCAGAACAAAGCCAUCAGCCAGAUCCUGCAGGAGAGCGCGAUGCAGAAGGCUGCGUUCGAGGCACUCCAGGUGAAGAAAGACCUGAUGCAUCGGCAGAUCAGGGGCCAGAUUAAGUUAAUAGAAACUGAGUUAUUGCAGCUGACACAGCUGGAGUUAAAGAGGAAGUCCCUGGACACAGAGUCACUCCAGGAGAUGAUCUCGGAGCAGCGCUGGGCCCUCAGCUCCCUGCUCCAGCAGCUGCUCAAAGAGAAGCAGCAGCGAGAGGAAGAGCUUCGGGAAAUCCUGACGGAGUUAGAAGCCAAAAGUGAAACCAGGCAGGAAAAUUACUGGCUGAUUCAGUAUCAACGGCUUUUGAACCAGAAGCCCUUGUCCUUGAAGCUGCAAGAAGAGGGGAUGGAGCGCCAGCUGGUGGCCCUCCUGGAGGAGCUGUCGGCUGAGCACUACCUGCCCAUCUUCGCGCACCACCGCCUCUCACUGGACCUGCUGAGCCAAAUGAGCCCCGGGGACCUGGCCAAGGUGGGCGUCUCAGAAGCUGGCCUGCAGCACGAGAUCCUCCGGAGAGUCCAGGAACUGCUGGAUGCAGCCAGGAUCCAGCCAGAGCUGAAACCACCAAUGGGUGAGGUCACCCCUACGGCCCCCCAGGAGCCUCCUGAGUCUGUGAGGCCAUCCGCUCCCCCUGCAGAGCUGGAGGUGCAGGCCUCAGAAUGUGUCGUGUGCCUGGAACGGGAGGCCCAGAUGAUCUUCCUCAACUGUGGCCACGUCUGCUGCUGCCAGCAGUGCUGCCAGCCACUGCGCACCUGCCCGCUGUGCCGCCAGGACAUCGCCCAGCGCCUCCGCAUCUACCACAGCAGCUGAGUGCUGCCCACCCACCUGGGCCUGGUCCUAGCCCUGCCUCGGCCACUGUGAGCCCCGGGCUCCUGCUCAGCCUUGCGCCAGCCAGACUCGUAUGAGGCUCCCCUCUCCCCUGGGCCCCUUCCCCACUGCCCAGGAGCCCCCAUCCUAAGCUCCAAGCACGUCUGGGCCAGGCAGAGGUGAUCCUCAUCCAUGACACCACCAGUCUGAAUGGUCCUGGGGGUUGGGGCUGGAGAGGCCGCUGCACCACCACCCGAGCCUGGGAGCCAGCGUCCCCGCCUAAUCACGGAUCUGCUACCUCCCAGCUGUCUUGACUGAAGGCCACUGCCCCUGCAGGAGCUUGGGUCCUCAACUGGGGGCCAUGCACAGCCCCCUCCCACCCUGCAUGUGGGAAGGGAGCAGGAGGGCCUGGCUGGGUGAGGGGAGGCCUUCCUGGGAAGGCGUGUGGUGCAGGCCUGUGCUCACAGUGGCACCAGCAACCCUGGGUCUCCCUCUCUGCUGCUCCCCAGAACCCCGGGGCCCUCCUGCUCUCCACAACUGUCCCUCCUUACCCCAUGUAGCUCGAUCCGAAGCAGGAGUGUCAAUAAACCUGUCUUCAGUGCG